AUGGAGAGCAGCGUGGUCCACAUCUACAAGGAGGACAGGUGUCCGUCGGGCCAGCCGGAGGAGUGCGUCCCGAACUUCGCCUGGCAAGCCGGCUUAUCGGACAUCUUCAACUACACGCCCAACGGCACGUGGGACGCCGAGCCCGAGCCCAUGUCGCCCCUCAUCCCCAUCAUAGUCGCGGUGUACUCCGUGGUGUUCGUGGUGGGCCUGGUGGGUAACUGUUUGGUGAUGUAUGUCAUCAUCAGAUACACCAAAAUGAAAACAGCCACCAACAUCUACAUCUUUAACCUGGCUGUGGCAGACGCUCUGGUCACUACUACCAUGCCCUUCCAGAGCACCGACUACCUGCUCAGCUCCUGGCCGUUUGGCGAGGUGGCGUGCAAAGUCUUCAUCUCCAUUGAUUACUACAACAUGUUUACCAGCAUCUUCACCCUGACCAUGAUGAGCGUGGACCGCUACGUGGCCGUGUGCCACCCGGUCAAGGCCCUGGAUUUCCGCACGCCCGUCAAGGCCAAGCUCAUCAAUGUGAUCAUCUGGGUUCUGUCGUCUGCUGCUGGGAUCCCUGCCAUGAUACUUGGCAGCACUAAAACAAAUAACGGGACUACAGAGUGUGCCCUACAGUUCCCUGAACCUUACACCUACUGGGACACGCUGAUGAAGAUCUGUGUCUUCAUCUUCGCCUUUGUGGCCCCCGUCAUCAUCAUCACCGUCUGCUACACACUGAUGGUCAUGCGGCUGAAGAGUGUGCGCCUCCUGUCGGGCUCACGUGAGAAGGACCGCAACCUCCGCCGGAUCACGCGCCUGGUGCUGGUGGUGGUCACCGUCUUUGUGGUGUGCUGGACGCCCAUCCACAUCUUCAUCCUGAUAAAGGCACUGUCGGCCAAUGUGCCCGAGACCACUGCCGUGAUGGCUGCCUACUUCUUCUGCGUGGCACUGGGCUACACCAACAGCAGCCUCAACCCCAUCCUCUACGCCUUCCUGGACGAGAACUUCAAGAGGUGCUUCAGGGACUUUUGCUGCCCUGGUGCAAAAGGACACGGGGACUCUCAGGGCGUGAGCCGGGUGAGAAGCACCCUGCGGGACCACUCGUGUCCCACAGAGGCUCGGGGAGAUAUGAGUCAGGCCAGGCCAGUAUGACUAGCCAUGGACAUGUCCUCUAUGCCCUGUCAGGGCUGGGAGGACUCCAAUGACCUAGGCUUGACUCAAAUCACCACUGCCAUCUGACAGAGAGGGCUAGUGUUUAUUUAUUUAUCCAGACUGUUGGCCAGAGAAUUCAAAAAGCAUGUUCAAUUAAAGGAUAAUCUUGUGCUAUUCUACAUUUUCCGUACUGUCAGCAGAUCCCAUGAAAAGACCGAAACCAACAAUGAAUUCUAAACAAGUAUUGUCUGU